GCCGUGAACCCAUUAUUUAUAAUAAUCCGCUAUAUCAGUAGGCUCAAUGUGAGCGUAGCUGUUUUUGUUGUAAUUAUUGUAGAAGUGGAUAUCCUUGUGCAUACGUUUGUGUUUUGUAAUUCAAAAUUGUGCACACAAAUUGAUUGGAUCUUAUUCGAAACACUCUAAAUUUAAAAAAAAAUGAGUGGCAUUUCUAGACCACUUCCAUUGAGCCCGGUCUGUUCACAAAGCAUGCAAGGAAUCAGUGACCCGACCAGCCCUUUUCGUCCCCUUCCGCUGAGUCCCGCUUUCUCCCAAAGUACACCGGGACCGCUUGACGACAAGAACAACAACAGUUCACCACUUAGCGUGUUCAACUACUCGGGCCCCGUGCUGUGCCGGAUCUGUCACGACGACGAGAAGUCUGAGCCGCUCUGGUCCCCGUGUCACUGCCGCGGCACCAUCGGGCUCCUGCACAUGUCCUGCCUCGAGAGGUGGCUCGGCUGCUCCAACACCACUAAGUGUGAAGUGUGCGCCUUCCAGUUCUGCGUAGAGAAGAAGCCGCGCCCAUGGAAAUGGUACAUGCGGGAGCCUUCUCUCCGCCGGGACAGGCGGUUACUGUGUCGCGAGGUUCUGCUCACCGCGACCCUGGGGCUCAUAGUUCUCAUCGUGGACGCUCUCUGUUUCACGUUCGCCGAUCGCCUGAGGGCUGAGACGAACAUUGGCCCCGCCGCCGUGCUUAUCGUGAUAGGCAUGAUGACUGUCACGCUGUAUGUGGCAUGGUUAUUGAUAUCCGUGCGGCGGAUACGGGCACAGAUCCGGAAGUGGCACAAAGUCCACCACGUGAUCGCCAUUCGUCAGAACUCCAGUGAUCCCAAGGAACCUAAACGGAAAGUCAAAAUAUUCUGCCGAUUCCCCGUACCAAAGGCACUUCGACGAAAGACAAGAACGCAGUCCAGCCAGCAGACCGAGUCAGACGCCGACGUGUCCGCUCCAGGCUUUCUCGACCUGAAUGGCUCCCUUCCGUCCUAUAACGCCGCCAUGUUCAACCCAGUCGGACCCAAAGAACCGCUACUCGAACACGAACAUACUCACCAGAUUAUCUUCCUUGAGGAGAGUUCUCCCUCGGUUGUUUCCCUUGACGACUUUGAGGAAAGCCAGAGCUUCUAUCUUGCCCCAAAAGUCGGCACCACGUUAACAUUUAACUCAAAGACGGGUCUUGUGAAGGAAACGAGAGUUUAGUGUCAAAUAUUUAAUGUGAAAUGUUUCAUGAAUGAAUGCAAUUUUUUCGUUAGCUGUCAGCCUUUCAUGUGUACAAAUGUGCUUUAUAGAUAAAUAAUUUCAAUACGUCAUAAUAAAUAUAUGUUAUUUAUUCAUUGUAUUAUUAUAAACGUAGUCAAAUAUUUUUUAUUUGUACAAAGUGUAAAGAAUAUUAAGAAUUUAUAAGAAAGUGUUUUUGUUGGGUGUUACAAUAGUGCUAUUUAUAAUCUAAAUUUCAAAUUGAAGAUUGCUGAAACUGAAAACUACAGCAACAAUAUAAUAAAAAAAUGCAAAUAUUGUUUGUCUGCGUUAAAGAUUUGUUGUGUUAAAUGUCAAUUGUCUUCUUGUAACAGUUACGACUUAUAAGAAGUUAAAUUAAGAGUAUACAGUGAGAUCGUUAAUUUGGAACCGUGCUUUAUCUUUGCCCGGAGUCUUACAAUUAAAUUUAUAUAAGUCAA